CGGUCCUGAAUUGUCCCACAUCACCCACCUGAGUUUCCUGGCAUUUUCUUGCUCAUCUUGUGUGGUUCCUUCGGCAUUUUCUUGCUCAUCUAGUUGUCCACUUUCCUUCAUCUCCUCAUGACAAUUAUCCGAGCUCUUUCUAUCUCAGCUUGGCUUUUGCUAGCCCUUGCGAUCUGCUCAGCCAGUCCGAACAACACAAGUUCCGCAGACAGCACAUAUUAUUCUACCCGUUUCCCAGGUGUCCGAUGGGACAAUCAGCAGUGGAAGCUCGCCAAUACCGUGCUUGAACCAGGUCGAUAUCAAUCCAGGAUAUCCCUGGCCAAUGGCUAUCUGGGAAUCAACCUGGCUGCUCUCGGCCCGUUCUUCGAACAGGACCGCCCAAGCAACAACUCCCUCAACGGCUGGCCAGUCUUCGAUCGCCGCCAAAGCUUUGCUACCAUCGCCGGCUUCUACAACUCUCAGCCGAAGCUCAACAGCAGCAAUUUCCCGUGGCUUGAGCAAUACGGCGGAGAGAGCAUUAUCAGUGGCCUGCCCCAUUGGGCUGGUCUAUUAGUGAAAACCAAAGCUGCUAUCUUGGACGCUUCGACUGAUCCAAUCCACAUCAGAAACUUCCAGUCCACCCUUGAUCUUAAAGCGGGUCUGAUGAAGUGGAAAUUCGACUGGGUUUUAUUGGGGGCUCAACCUGAGUUGUCGAUCGAAUAUACGAUGUUUGUUCACAAACUGCACAUCAACCGGGCAGCCGUUCAACUGAAGAUCAAGGCCCUCGCCGACUUCGAGAUCAGCGUGAUCGAUCUUCUGGAUGGCGAUUGUGCUGUCAGAACGGAUUUUGUUGAGAAACAUCAUCACCCGAACUCGUCGACGAUUUGCACUGCCGUGAGGCCGAAGGGGAUCGCUGACUUGGCCGGACACGUGUGCUCCAGUUUAAGAUCCGAGGCCUUCUCUCGCAGUUAUUUGCUGGAAGGCCAUCCAAAGCUUUCCAGUCCAGCUAGUCCCUCAACUAUCGCCCAAUCAGCUACGAUCAAGUUGAAACGGGGCCAGCCUGUGAUCGUGGAAAAAUUCAUUGGAGCUGCCUCGGGUGAUGCCUUCUCCGACCCUCACACUCUAGCCCUUCAAUCUGCGCUCGCUGGUGCCAAAGAUGGCUUUUCAUCUCAGAUAGAAUUCCAUCGGCGGGAAUGGUCCUCCAUCAUGACCGAAGAGUCGGUCGAUGAUUACGGAUUGGCUCAAUAUGACCCUUCUUCAAUUGAUUCUAACAUAGUGGAGCUGCAGAUCCUCGCUAUAACCAACCCGUUCCAUCUUUUACAGAAUACUUUGAGUUCCAACGCCAUCGCUCUUGCCAAUAACUCCACGGCACUCGACCACUGGAGCAUCUCGGUCUGUGGAUUAGGUUCUUCUUGCUACGGGGGAAUGAUCUUUUGGGAUGCCGAGGUAUGGAUGGCACCCGGCUUAGUACUCAGCCAUCCGCAGGCCGGCCAACGAAUCAUCAACUAUCGGGUGGCCCAAUUCCCUCAAGCACAAGAGAACAUCAAGAUGGCUUAUACCUCUUCCCAGAAUCGGACCAACCAAUUCUCGCCCAGCGAUGCUGUUUAUCCCUGGACUAGUGGACGGUUCGGUAACUGCACCGCCUCAGGACCUUGCUUCGAUUACGAAUACCACAUCAAUGGUGAUAUUGGCUUGAGCUUCUUUCAUCACCUCGUGGCCACUGGAAACUUCAAAUUUUUCAAACGCCAGCUCUUGCCAAUCUAUCAAGCCAUUGCUGGGCUGUUCAGCAACUUGCUAUCGGAAACUUCUGACAAGAAGUAUACUCUAAGAAAUGCCACCGAUCCCGAUGAAUAUGCUAAUCAUGUUGACAAUCCAGCAUAUACGAUGUUUCUGAUCAAACACCAUCUGAAUACUGCCAAUGUCUUAAACAGACGAUUAGGUCAAAAGACCAACCCGUUAUGGUUAGAGCAAGCUAACAAUCUUGCACUACCGAUCGACAACCGGACCGGAAUCAUAUUGGAAUACGAGGGGAUGAAUUCGUCGAUCGUUGUCAAACAGGCGGAUGUGGUCUUGAUUGAUGAUUUCCUAGAUUUUCCCAACCCGCACAGGCUCGAGAAUCUGGAAUACUAUGGCACCAAGCAGUCCCUCAAUGGGCCAGGAAUGACCUACGGAGUAUACAGUGUUGUCGAGAACAGGUUCCAGAUUUCUGGGUGCUCCUCCUAUACCUACCAUCUGUUUAGUUCACAGCCUUAUGUCCGGGCACCCUGGUUUCAGUUCAGCGAACAGCUCUCCGACGACUAUUCCCUGAACGGCGGGACCCAUCCUGCGUUCCCAUUUCUCACCGGCAUGGGAGGUGAUUACCGGGUAACGGUGUAUGGCUACCUCGGCCUGCGUUUGGAGCUCGACCAUCUCAGCGUAGACCCCAGUCUGCCGCCCCAGAUCAGCUCGGUUAGCUAUCGCAAGAUCUACUGGCACGGCUAUCCCAUUCGGGCCAACUCCAACCAGACUCACACCUCCCUCUUCCGCCCGCGCUCUGGGGCUCUUCCCGAUGCGGACCCGAACUAUGCCGAGGCGCCCAUACCAGUCAAGCUUAGAUCUUCCGGUCAUGUCCUUAAGCUUGGAAGCGGAAGCACGCUGACGGUCCCUAACCGGCUCGUAUAUCUGGCCAAUCCGCUCCAAUGCGCACCCAUCAAGUCCGACCAAGCGUUCCUACCGGGACAAUUCCCGCUCUCGAUUGUAGACGGCUCCUCCGCCACUCGUUGGGUGCCUUCAAAUCUGCCCGCAACAGUCACCGUCCAACUCAACCAGCGCUUUCGCGCCAAGCAGAUCAUCGGAUUCGGCUUUCAGUUCUCUAACUUCACCGACUUCAGGAUCAGCUUCUUCGACCAUCCCGGUCAACCCGCUGCUCCACACACUUAUGUUUCCUCCAAUGGGAGCCAUCUCGGGUUCAAACCGUUUGACAGUCUAGAUAAUGAUGCUAAUCUCAAAGACCAUGAUAAGAUGGGUCGAACCGAUCUCGGAUGGAACUUUUACUUCUUUCAAGAGCCGAUCGGCUUCCGCAAGUACGCCAAUCUGACUGUCUUCGAGUCCCAUCAAAGCCCAUCUGCUCAUUCAGAGAGCUCCAAUAUCCAUGAAUCUUCUCACACAAAUCACCACCCCAGUCGCCCGAAUUCACAGUCACUUGGAAUAACUCAAUGGACCCUUCUUACCUCACAAGGCCACCUCACAAAAACCCAAGAAACAUUUAGCCACACUCCUGAGCAAAUGUUGGUUGGCCUUCAAUAA